AUGUUCUUCUUCUUCAUAUGCGGUGAGCACACCUUCCGCAGUGAGAUUCCUGGAUAUGAGGGAAUGGUGUGUCAAUGCCACCAUUGCGGAAACAUGGCAGCCCACGUUGUCAAGAGCCGCCCAUUCUUUACCUUCUGCUUCGUUUCACUGCAGCCUAUCAUUCCUUUCACUAUCUCAGGAUACAAGGAUGUUACAUGCAACAUUUGCCACUUUCAACAGCCCUUGGAGAAUCGUCCGGACGUCAUGGCCAUGGCUAAUCGUGGCAGCGGAGGUGCUAAUCAAGGUGGCGGGCAAUACGGUCCUCCUCCACCUCAGGGUGGACAGCAGCGUUAUGGCUGA